AGGAGAAGGUCCUACUAACCUGGGGUUAAUUGUAAGAAUUACCUAACCACUACUUGAAGCAUGGUCUAACAAGCGAUCAUGACAAGUAUCAUAUCCAUAGAUAGUUUAUGGUUACAGAAAUCUAAAAUCAUAUUGAAAGAAGUGAUAGCAACAAAAAGAGAAGAAACCUGGUUGUAAAAUGUCUCUUUCUGCCAUCAGAUGUCGUAGCAUUCAGAUGUCGUCUACAUGUAACAGAUUUAUCACAGGGCUAUUUUGGGGUAAACAGAUUGAUUUGAUUGUAGAUUAUCAACCAGUUACCCCAAAGUUGUUAUAGAUUACAUAUAGAAGGUUGAUGACCAUUAUCAAACAUCAAUCAAAUGAGUCACCAACUGCUACAACCAUUGAUAAUACGAUAACUCGUUCUGCCAAAGUUUCACAAUCGAUAAAUGAAGAAUUAUAUCAUCUUCAAUUAAUUGAUCAAUUAAGAUAUGAAGUAACUAAGCACUGUCAUAACGAUAAGAAUUUUUCGAAUACAUUAAAUGUAUUAAAUCAUUUUAAUUCUAAAUUACCCAAUAAAAACUAUCAAUUUGAUUUUAUUAUUGAAAAUCAACGUGGUUUAAAAUUAUUUGGUAUACCAUUAUUUUCAAAAAAUUCAUUGAUUCCAAUUAUUGAUCCAUCAAAUUUCCAACUUUUAAAUGGUAAAACUUUAUUAUUGACUUAUAAUCAAUUACAAUAUUAUAAUCUCCCUGAUUUCAAUUGGUCUUGGUGUUGGGAUAAGUGGUAUAUCUUGAUGUAUCAUGACGUUGAUGAUCAAGGUUGGAUCUAUUCGAAUUUCUUUUUUUCAAACUCUAUAUCUGAUAAAUCUUGGAAAGGUAAGUAUUAUCAUGGGAAUUUUAUUAGAAGAAGAAUUUGGAUUAAGUUGAGAAAGAAAGUUGAUAAUGGUAGUGAUGUUGAUGAUGAUAACGAAGAAUGUAAUGAAAGUAUAAUGGUUAAUGAAAAUGGUAAGAGUAAAAAGUAAUAUAUAAUAAAAUUUACAUAAGAUUUAGACAAAUUGUUUUGUAGUCCUCUUUUUUUUACAGCCAAAUUUUAAAUUUUUACAACACAUUCAUUUGUUUCCAUCAUAAUUGAUCCAUAACAUCAACAAUCAAUCAAAUCAAUCAUGCUUGACUAUUCAAUCGCAUUACCAUUGGCUAUAGCUUUGAUCAGAUACAAAAAUAAAGAACAUAUCACUAAAAACAAUCAU